AUGCCGUGUGGACCAUUUUCAUUUCCAGUCAAUCCUCAACGAAUGAAGGUUGAAUCAAAAAAUCAAAAACAACAUUCUUCUUCAUUACUUACAAUAUUACAAAUUACUAGUUCACUUAUCGUAGAUAAAUUACAAAGUGUUACCCAGCCAGGUGGGAUCGAAAGAGAGGAUUUGAAGAAGACACACCCGGAUUUUGUUCGACAUUUGACUUUUAAGCAGCAAGAAAGAUGUCGUCGUCAAAUACCCAUAAACAUCGGUAUAAGAACCAGGGUCUUGACUCCCAUGAGCUUCGCCGACGACGAGAAGAAGAAGGAAUCCAGCUUCGAAAACAGAAACGAGAACAACAACUGUUUAAAAAGAGAAAUGUUAACUUGCCCGAAACAAGCCUUAAUGAGCUACCGGAGGAUCUUUCAGCCGGGGGUUCAGUAAUUUCGCAAGAAAUCAUUCAAGCACUCUUUUCCGAAAAUCCCGAGGGUCAACUUGAAGCUACGCAAAUGGUUCGAAAACUUUUAUCCAGAGAACCAAGUCCACCUAUCAAUGCGGUUAUCCAAACGGGGAUCGUCCCAAGAUUUGUCGAAUUUUUGAAGAACGAAUCCAACUGUCAAUUACAAUUCGAAGCUGCCUGGGCCUUGACGAAUAUAGCUUCUGGGACGUCUGAGCAAACGCACAUUGUCAUUGAGGCUGGGGCUGUACCACUUUUUAUUCACCUCUUGGGAUCUCAAUAUGAAGACGUGGCAGAACAAAGUGUGUGGGCGGUCGGAAACAUUGCAGGCGACUCAUUUCAGUGUCGCGAUUACGUCCUUCAACAAGGCGUCCUAACCCCACUCUUGCAACUUUUGUCAAAAUCAAAUAAAGUUACAAUGACACGGAACGCGGUUUGGGCUCUAUCGAAUCUUUGUAGAGGAAAAAAUCCCCCCGUCGAAUUCUCCAAAGUGUGUCCAUGUUUGCCAGUUUUGGCGAGGCUAUUGUUCCACACGGACGCGGAUGUUUUGGCUGAUACUUGCUGGGCAAUUUCUUAUUUGUCGGACGGACCUAACGAAAAGAUACAAGCUGUUAUUGAUUCUGGUGUUUGCAGAAGAUUGGUGGAGCUGUUAAUGCACCCACAGCAGAACGUGGUAUCUGCUGCAUUGCGAGCUGUUGGUAACAUUGUCACUGGGGAUGAUUUGCAAACACAAAUCAUUCUGAAUUGCCAAGCACUCCCUUGUCUUUUGCAUUUACUGUCAUCUACAAAAGAAGAUAUUAAGAAAGAAGCGUGUUGGACAAUUUCAAAUAUUACUGCUGGAAAUCGGCAGCAAAUUCAGGCUGUGAUUGAUGCCAACGUUUUCCCAGUUCUUAUCGAAGUAAUGAAAGGGGGUGAGUUCAAGACAAGGAAGGAGGCAGCUUGGGCAGUAGUUAAUUCAACCACUGGAGGAAGUCCUGAUCAAAUCCGAUAUUUGGUCGACCAAGGGUGCAUUACUCCCUUAUGUGACUUUUUGACAGCAAUGGAUGUGAAAAUUAUUCAAGUGGCCUUGAAUGGUUUAGAAAAUAUUCUGAAAGUGGGCGAGUCGGAUGCACGUGCCACCGGAGCUGUGAACCGAUAUGCGGUAAUGAUUGAAGAGUGCUAUGGUUUGGAUAAAAUCGAGUUCCUGCAAUCACAUGAAAAUAUGGACAUUUAUAAAAAAGUUUUUGACAUGAUUGAACAAUACUUUAGUGAUGAAGAAGAAGACACAAACGUUGCUCCAUCGAUCGACCCUGCAGCACCACAGCAGUUUCAGUUCAACCCCCAACAACCGGCUGAUUUUAACUUUUAAGAAUAUAUAAUGCUCUCCCCUUAUUCUAUCUUGGGCCAACAGCGAAAACGUUGAAACAAUGAAACCUAACUACUAGUGUGUGAAUAUGUUUUUUCAGCCAUAUUAUGUGAAGAUGGUCCAGAGAAUGUGGAUGUAUUGGUCAUUCAUCUAAAAAAUGACAAUUACCUACUGCUAUUAAUAUUAAGUGCAUGCAACCUCAGAAUUUGACUUAAGUUUUACGGAUUUGCACGAUGAAUUGGUAUCGUGAAGAAUUUAAUAACCACAAAAUGAACGUAGUUAGUGAGAGUGUGGACGCACAUUACAUUAUUAUAAUCUCUGAAAUCUCUUAUUAAUAUAUUGUUUUAAAAUUAACUCUAGUCUGUUAUGUUCAAUUCCGAAUAUUUUAUAAGUUGGUUUCACAGCUGUGUCUUCAAUUCAUAAUCAUGGCUUAAGAUUAAUUAAUAUCGACCGUCAGUAUGAGUUUUAUUGACAAAUUAGAGGAGACAUGAAUUAAAAAUUGCUUCAUCACAAUGUGCUGAUAAAAAAUCGAGUUUGACGUAGGAAACUCGCCCUUAUGUAAUCUAAUAAAUAUGUAAACAUAUAAACCC